AUGGUCCUGUUUUGGGCCGUUAGCCUGGUGCAGUUGUUUCGUAAGUUUUUGUUUUAAAUUUUUUUUGUAAAAUACGCGUUGUUUUGUGGAAUUAUGUUAUAGUAUUAAAGAUAAUUUUUUGGACUAUUAGCUAGCCUUAGCCCUAGUCCUAGCUCAGAGCCCUAGUCCAGAGCCCUAGCCCAGAGCCCUAGCUCAGAGCCCUAGCCCACAGUCCUAGCCCACAGUCCUAGCCCAGAGCUCUAGUCCAGAGCAAGCACCCAUUAAGACAAUAACUUGUCUACCCCCAGUAAAACUCUUUGAUCAUGCCAUCUCAAUUGAAUUUUUGUUUGUGUUCGUUAUGAUGAAUAACAUAACUUUCACAGACUCAUCCCUCAUCUUUGUUUUGACAGCCCAACUCCCCAAAGGCAAGAAGAGGAACUGUAAUCCAAUUUAUGGUUUUGGGUUCGUAAAAAUAUAUUGGGUAUGGGUGGGGGUAGAGAGGAAAUGUGAUAAAAGAUGUGACAAAGGGCAUUUUGGGUAAAAAACAAGCAAGAAUUUGGUAUAAAAGUUUUGAAAAUUUAUUGUGCUGUAUAGUACGAAAAAUUAAAAGUAGUACUGAAAAUGCAUGUUAGUACUGGAAAUUGUUACUAAUACUGCACUUGCACUAAAAAUGGUCUUUAUGGUACUUUUUUAAAGAAAACAGCACUAUAAUUGUCUAUUUAGUACUAUAUUAUGCAAUUUAGUACUAAGCAACAAACUUUAGUACUAAAAAGUAAAACUAGUACUGAAUUGCAGUACUAGUGCUAAAAAGUUCAUAAAGACCUGUAUCAGUACUACAUCCAAUCCUAGCCUACUUUAACCUACGGUACCCUGCUUUAACCUAUUCUACUCUACCAUACCCUACUCUGAUUUACCCUGUCUUACCCUGCCUUACAUUAACUUACUUUACCUUAAUCUACCCUAGUACUAAAAAUAUUAUUUAGAACAAAAAUUUUUUUAAAAUUUUUAAAAAUUAAAAUUUUCAGACUUUGUGACGUCCGAUGACAACUUGGUACGCCUCUACAGGACAUUAUUGCGCAAUUAUGAGAGUGAAGUACGGCCGGCGAUGAGGUACGAUCAUCCUGUCAACGUGACCUUCUCUUUCGCACUGACACAGAUUAUUGAUGUGGUAAGGUUGAAAAUGGCAUUUUUAUGUAAAAUAUGGUUUUGGAACUGUUUUUGGUACUGUUAGGGCACUUUAUGACUUUUUUUGAGAUUUUGAUUUAAAAAUGGUACAUAUGGUACAAUUGGUACAGUUUUACUUAAUUAGUACUAUUUUUGGUACACUUAGCUCAGAUUUAAAAAAAUUAAGGACACAAUUUUCGUAUUUUACCUUAACCGAUAUUAUUUUAGGACGAACGAAAAGAAAUCAUGACGACAAACGCCUGGGUCAGACAAAGCUGGAUCGAUUAUAAGUUGAUUUGGAAUCCAUUAGAUUUUGAUAAUGUCACAACCAUCCAUAUACCGUUUGAUAAGAUCUGGAAGCCUGAUAUCAUGUUAGUUUUGGCAUUUUUUAGAAAUUUGAGUUUGAGUUUAGCCUGAGCCUGAGCCUGAGAUUGAGCCUGAGCUUGAGCAUGAGCUUGAGCUUGAGCUUGAGCCUGAGCCUAAGCUUAAGCCUAUGUUUCAAGCCAAUAUGCCAUUUCAUAAUAGUCCUAAAUUUAAAAAUGUUUAUUUGUAUUAUUAUUAUAAUCUUCAUAAUUUCAGCCUGUACAACAACGCAGCAGAUGCCUAUGACAAGUCAGUAAUGUCAACAGAUGUUAUUGUUAGUUUCGAUGGGAAUGUCUCUUGGACUAUGGCUGGCAUCUUUCAAUCUAGUUGUGGGUAAGACAAGAACUUCCUUUACAAAACAGAAAAUGGCAAGAACUUUCUUUACAUAACAUAAAAUGGCAAAAACUUUCUUUUCAAAACAAAAAAUAGUAAGGUUUUUCUUUAUUGCACCGUGCAAAAUAACUUUAUUUGGUUUGCACGGUGCAAACAUGAAGUUAUUUGCUGCACGGUGCAACCGACAUAGUUGUUUUGCACAGUGCAAUGAUGUAAUUUGCUUGCACAGUGCAGUCUUUUCAUUCUAUUGCACGGUGCAGUUACAAAAUAACUGACUUGCACAGUGCAGCAUAUAAGAACGACGUUGCACGGUGAAAUUACGCAAUUCACUGGCGCUGUGCAGUGUCAAAAAUAACUUGCACGGUGCAAUGACGUAACUUCUUGCACUGUGCAGUCUUACAAAUACGGUGCAAGCACCUUUUACUCUACAUAAUGCUGACAUAUUUAUUUCAGAAUGGACGUCCGGUACUACCCAUUUGACAGCCAAAGUUGUAUUCUAAAAUUCGCUUCUUGGGCAUAUGAUGGUACCAAAAUUGACAUUCUCUUAUCAUCUGAACUAGGCGAUGAAUCCAAUUACAUGACGAGUACAGAAUGGCAUCUGAAGAGUAUUCGCGCUGAAAAAAACUCGAUCAUCUACAGUUGUUGUCCUGAACCAUAUCCAUUUGUUGACAUUUUUAUCACCAUUCAAAGGAGGCCAAUGUUCUAUGUCUUCAACUUGAUAUUACCAUGUGUUAUGAUAAGUGGCAUCGCGCUUCUUGGUUUCUACAUGCCUUCUGGGGCUGGCGAGAAGGUCUCACUGGGUAGGUUAUGUGGAAUUGUCAAGGACUUUCUUUACAGAAUGAAAAAUCGCAAGAACUUUCUUUACAAAACAAAAAAUGGCAAGAACUUUCUUUACAAAGGAAAAAAUGGCAAAAACUUUAAUUACAAAACAUAAAAUUUGCAAAGCUUUCUUUACAGAGCAAAAAAUGGCAAAAACUUUCUUUACAAUACAUAGAAUGCUGCAAAUUUUAAAAUUUAGUUUUUAUACUGCACGGUGCAACAUAUUUUUGUUUUAUCGCUAUAAUACUUUUUGGUUAGUUUUAGGUAACAAAAACAAUUUUAAAUUUUGAUUCACGUCUUAAAACGUUACUGUAACUAAUUUUAUGACAGUUGCUUGUCAUAUAUUAACAUAGCGAAUAUUCAAAAAUUCAUUGCACAGUGCAAUCAAAAUAAGCUUUGCACGGUGCAGACAUUUCGAUAUUUUAAUUUUUAAUUUUUUUUUGUAUAAUUACCAUACUUAUCUAAGACGUAUUUUACAUAAAGAAUCUCAAUUUUUAGGUAUCACUUCGCUGUUAUCAACCACAGUGUUCUUGAUGUUAGUAGCCGAAGGGAUGCCUCCCACUUCGGAUGCUCUGCCAUUAUUGGGUAUCUACUACGGAGCUACAAUCUUCAUUGUAUCAUUAGCUACUGCCAUGACUGUAUUGACUGUAAGUGUUUUACUAUAUCAGAAAAAGGGUUACUGUAGGGUAAAGUAAGGCUUACGGUAGAGCUUACUGUAGAGUAAAGCGAAACUUGUUUUAGAUCUUAUUGUAAAUGUUACAGUAAGGGUGGGGGUAGACUAACUUUUUUAAUUUAAAAAUCGAUUUCAAACUAUUCCAGUUGAACAUCCAUCAUCACGGCACGACAGGCUGUGCCGUUCCAGCCGUUGUUCAAAAAAUCGUUAUGGGUUUCAUGGCCAGGAUAUUACUUAUGCGAAUCGAUUACUAUCACAGCAUCAACGAGCAUGUCGAGUAUUUCUACAGUAAAGAGCACGGCAAAGACCGUGAGGAACGGUUGUGUUCACAGUGGCUUUUGAAAGGAAUUUCGACCAAAAAAUCGAUCAGUCCAAGAGCUUCAGCUCCUGCUUUGCCUAAUCAUAAUAAGCCUAAACAUAAGGAAAGUACUGUAAGUUGAGAUAUAUGUUUUGACUUAGUAGACCAGUAGUACCAUUAAGGUACCAUUAGUACUAUUUGUUAAAAUUUUUUAAAAAGUAAUUUUUUUUAUUAAAAAUACUUUAAAAAUGACUUUGGAGCUUUAAAAAAGUAAGUGCACCAAUAGUACCACUAAGGUACCAUUAGUACCAUUUUGUAAAAAUUGCUUAAAAAUUGAUAUUUUAGCUUCAAGCACUUAAAAAACUAUUUUGCAACAAUAAAAAAAUAAUGUGCACCAGUAGUACCACUAACGUACCAUUAGUACCGUUUUUCAAAAAUGUCGUAAAAUUAAUUUUUUUAAUUUAAAAAUUUAAAAAAUAUUGUAGGGCAGUAAAAAACGGGUAUCUUGGUCGAACGACGCCCUCCAACACCUACCAUUCGCAAACGGCGGCCUCAAUCACACUCACGACCUGAACAAUCACGUCGAGAAUCACGAUGACAAUUCGGAAACGGUCGAACUGAAUGGCACCUUCUCACCCACCCAUUAUCAACCAAAUGGGUCGGUAAAGAAGGGGGCGGCGUUUGAGAAUGUGGACAAUAUUCCACUGGUCGAUGCGGUUCAAACCACCGCCCUGACCUCGACCACCACCAGUCUCGCGGCCAGGUUUGUUUCAUUGAAACGAGCACAAAGUCUGGCUGCCGCUGAUAACAGUGAUAAGAAUGAAGAUUUGUUUGAAAACGAGUUUCUACGGGUUUUGGCACGGGUUCAUGGCGCCAUCGAACGGUGAGUCGGAGACAAGUUAUACGAUGAAACGUGUACAUGUUUUAGAGUAUAACAUGUCACUUUUUUUGAAAAUUGGUUUAUAUAGUGAUCUAAAAUGGUAAAAAAGCAACAGGUAGCUAACACUUUUUACUUAAGUUAAAAUUGAAAAUCUAAGGACAAGUUAUACGAUAAAAAAUGUUCUUUCUGACAUAUUUCAGAGUAUAACAUGUCAUUUUUUAUAAAAAGCGAUUUAGUAGUAGCUUUGAAUGAUAAAAUACGAUGUUGUUAGGCAAUAUAUAUAUAUAUUAACUACACAGUUAAUAUUAAAGAGACAAGUUAUACGGUGAAACGUGUUCGGGCAUGUUUCUUCGUAUAACAUGUCAUUUAAAAAAAUUAUAAAAAGAAUGUUAAGAUGGUAAAAUACGGGGAUACAAAUAAAAUAAACGGACAUGUUUCAUCGUAUAAAAUGUCACUUUUUUAAAUCCUAAGAUUUAAAAUAGUAAAAUACGUGUUAAAUUAUUACUAAACGCUAUUCUGUGAUGAUAUUUUAAGUCAAGCGACAAGUUAUGCGAUAAAAAAUGCCCGGACAGGUUUCAUCGUAUAAAAUGUCACUUUUAGAUUUACAUAAUUAAAAAAUUUAAAUUUCAGAAACGAAAUGCGACAAGCCGAGAAAGACCGUCGCAACGCCACCAAACUGGAAUGGCAACAAGUUGCGUUGGUUUUGGACAGGUUUCUAUUCAUUUUGUUCGCCUCGGGCACCACUCUCACUUCGCUCACAAUCAUAUAUCAACGACAAUUGUGGAGUUUAUUCGGUUAUGAUGAUUGA